ACUCAUUCUGCCAUGGAGCCAUGGGUGUACCUGGACCCGCGACAAAGGGCACUAUAUCGAGAUGUCAUGCAGGAGAGCUACGAGACGCUGAUGUCUCUUGCUGCCUCCCUGAGAGGAGAGAGGCAGGCUGCUUCAAUGGAAGCAAGGAACACAGGGGCUGAGAUUCCGGUUUUCUUCUUCCCUGUUCUUCCUGCUGCAGACAAGCUGCUGAACAGUAACAACAAUGAAGAGGAGGAAGAGGAGGAGGACGAUGAAGAGGAGGAGGACGAAGGGCCCGAGGAGCUGCGGCCAGGCACGUCUCAAAGCACCCCCAGGCGAGUCAAGCCCGUGGUGCGCCGCGCACCGCCCAAGCAGCCACCGCCGCCGCCGCCACCUCCCCCCAAGAUCAUCCCGGUGGUGAAGAAGGACAAAGCGACUCAACGAGGGCAUGCGCUGAAGAAGAGCCUGGAAAGCCGCUGCUCGGACUGCACGAGGAGCCUGCAUGCGCCGCCCCGGGGCCGCCAGCGGAGCGAGGCCAACGCGGCGCGGGAGAAGCCCUUCCAGUGCUCGGACUGCGGCAAGAGCUUCAUCUGGAGCUCCCACCUAGAGCGCCACCGCCGGAUGCACACGGGCGAGAAGCCCUUCAAGUGCCUCAACUGCGGCGAGGCCUACAGCCAGAACUUCCACCUGCUGCAGCACCGCUGCUCGCAGCUGAUUGAGAAGCCCUUCAAGUGCCCCGAGUGCGGGAAGCGCUUUGCGCAGAGCUCGGCCCUGGAGAACCACCGCAAGGGCCACACGGCCGAGAAGCCCCACAAGUGCGCCGACUGCGGCAAGUGCUUCAUCUGGGCCUCCCACCUGGAGCGCCACCGGCGGGUCCACACGGGCGAGCGGCCCUUCAAGUGCCCCGAGUGCGGGGAGACCUACAGCCAGAGCGCCCACCUGGCCAAGCACCGGCGCAACCACAUGGGCGAGCGGCCCUACAACUGCCCGGCCUGCUGGCGCAGCUACGCGCUCAUCUCGGAGCUGGAGGAGCACAAGAAGACCCACCUGGGCUGCGAGGACUGCGGCAAGGUGUACCGCAGCCGCCAGACGCUGAUGCGCCACCAGAGGGGCCACCACCGCGAGCGCACGCACCUGUGCGAGGAGUGCGGCAAGGGCUUCGUGUGGGCCUCCCACCUGGAGCGCCACCGCCGCGUCCACACGGGCGAGCGGCCCUUCCCCUGCCCCACCUGCGGGGAGAAGUUUGCCCAGAAGGUCCACCUGCUUCAGCACAACAAGACGCACUCGCACGCGCGGCCCUACAAGUGCGGCGACUGCGACAAGCGCUUUGGCGACAGCUCGGCCUUCCUGGCGCACCAGCGGGGCCACGCCAUGGAGAAGAACCACAAGUGCCAGUACUGCGGGAAGAGCUUCGCCUGGAGCUCUCACCUGGAGCGGCACCAGCGCAUCCACACGGGUGAGAAGCCCUACAAGUGCCCCGACUGCCCGGAGCACUUCAGCCAGACCUCGCAGCUCUUCAAGCACCAGCGCAGCCACCUGGGCAAGAGGCCCUACAAGUGCAGCGAGUGCGGGAGGAGCUUCGGCACCACCCUGGAGGUCAUCAUCCACCAGCGGACCCACUUCGGGACCAAGCCCUACCGCUGCUCCAACUGUGGGAAGGGGUUCACGCGGCGAGCCAACCUGCUGAAGCACCAGCGGAGCCACGCGAAGGAGAGCCCCUAAAAUAAAAAAUGGAAGAGGGGGCGCGAGAGAAGCGGGGAAGGGGGGAGGGAGAGACGGGAGACGCGCGCCCUCUCCCUCGCGUUACCAAACGAGUCUAGAAUCCACUCAAGGAAGAGGAAUCCUUUUUGUACAUUCUGCUUAACGGGGGAAGCGACGGCGCAGCUCUCGCGGUGACCCCGGCGGAUCUGCACGUGGUUGAGGAAUUAUUUCUGGGGGUGGGGUGGGGUGGGAGAAAGAUAGCAGUGGAAAAGAAACACACGACUGCAGCAUAUAAGCAAAGAGAUUGUAGACACACACACCUCGAAAGCGGGAGGGGGGGGAAGCGGUUCUUGGAAAAGAAGGCCUAUUGAGGUGAAAACCUAGCAACCAUGUCCACUGGGGAGUUUUGAUCCUGAUUUAGAAUCCGUAUGGGUGUCUCGCUCACCUUUUUUGUUUUGACACUGUGUACGUAUAAAUAUAACCCAUGUUUUGGGAAACGAAAAGCUUUACUUGACUCUUCCUCGCCCUAUAUUGUCCCUGACUCCCUUCUCCCCGCCCCUCCAGCCCUGUUAGAAGAGCGCUGAUGGAUCAGGUUGGAGGCUUAUAUAGGACCCCGUGUCCUGUCUUCCUAGCGGCCGUUCAGAUGCCUAUGGUAAGCCAGCAAGCAGGACCCGGGUGCAGCAAUCACUUGUGAUUCCCAGCAACUAGAGGGUUUUUUUUUUGUGUUUUUGUUUGCCUCCGACAGUUGAGGGGGGAACAUUGCUCUCAUGGCUAGUAGCUGCUGCUAGCCUUAUCUUCCAUGAAUUUGUCUAAUCCUCUCUUAUAGCUGCCUCCCCCCUGGGUAACUUUGAACUCUGGAUAACAAAGCUUUAACAUGCUGAGGACUGACCUCCAGACCUUAGAUGCCUAACUGAGAAGGACUCAGACUUCACUAGAUGCUAGGGAAUCCACCUGGGUAGCGGGGAGGGCCAUGAAACUUUGGUAAGCCUCUUGAAUGUGGAGGAAAAGCUUUAUUGACUUAUUCAACACAAAUAAUCUAAACAUUUUUUGGGGGGGAAGUGGCGGGUAGGGGGAGCAUGAACUAUGCCUUGAGCAGCGCUCCCACCUGAGUCGCCGGUGCAUUGGAACCUAAAUGUCUGAGGGUCAGAUUGCAGCAUUUAGCUAGAGAAGCUCAAGUUGGUUUUCCUUGGAUCUCGGAAUCUCUCCUGCUCAGUUUCUGCUUUCCGAAGCUGCUGACAGCACUCUCCAGACCCAGGAAUCCCUGGAGGUUUCGUUUCCUGAGGACUAAAGGAAAAGCAGAGAGGAUGGAGACCCCAUUAGAUACUGGGAGCUGUGCUUGUGUGCCGCUAUUCAGCUAGAUGGUCCCCUUCUUUGAGCUCUUGCCUCUUGGGGUUCUUAAUAGUUUUGCCACAAAUGUGAAGCACGUGUGCGAAAUCUGCUGGCCAAGGUGUUGGUGAGAAAGCCCACCUCUUCAGUUUAGGGAAGAGGAUACAACAUAAGUGUGCAACUUACUGAGGGGAAGAAAACAGACACUCAAGGAUGGUUCAGCUUUGGGCCUGGAAGCGUCUUGGGGUAGUGUAUUGUUGAUGGAUAAGAUUCAGAAUAGGAGUUCAAAGGCUCAUGGUCUCUUUAUUUUUAUUUUUUGGAAGGGGCAGGGGGUAGCUGGCUGUAGGCAUCAGCCUGUCUUAAAUCAUAAAAUCCAGAUUUCUAGUAGGGUGGAUCUUGGGUCCAGAAAGCCCAACAAAUAGGCAUCUUGUAGUUUUCCUAUCCUGGCUUGGCAGUAGGAUUGAUGUACACACACACACAUACAUGCAGUGAUAAAGAAGUUGAGCCUUUGGGUGGUGCGAUGGAUGCAUGAGAAACUAAAGAAGCAGAAUUUAUAAUCUGGAAAAGAGGCAGAGGAGGAAUGUGGAGCUGUCAAUGGGAGAAAAGGAAAAUGUUACCUUGCCAUGCAAGGUUAACGCCUCAGAACUUACUACCGUAAGACGUCAUGGCUCCACCUGCACCUUACAUUUAAAGCAGCCAUUUUAUUUUUUAGUGUUCAUAUUUUCCUGAAAACGUUUCAAUUAUAAAGAAAGCGAUGCAAAGGAAAAAUAAUAAUUAAGACACUGCUUUAAGCAGUUGUGGCUUCCCCUCAAAGAAUCCUUGGGGUUGGUAGUUUGUUCAGGGUGCUGUGGGUUGUGAGGAAGACUCGCCUAUUCCCCUCACAGAAACUACAAUUCCCUAGAGGGGUUUAGCGAUCUAACCCUCUUCCCUGGGAACUCCGGGAAUUGUAGCUCUCUGAGAAGAGAGGGCUUUCCUAACAACUUCCAGUGCCCUUAACAAACUAAGGGCACAACGAAUCUUUUUGUGGGAGGGCAUGACUGUUUAAAGUGGUAUGAUGCGACCUUAAACAUAUGUAGUGCAGAUGAGGCCCUAGACAGGAUUUGGGGAGAACUGAGAGCGAAAAGGCCUUGCCUCUCUGCUGUGGCAUGGGCAUCUUGCUGGCGAGGACAGGCGAGCUGUUACUACUGACUGAGAACAACGCAUCUUUGCUCCAGGGAGGGGCGACUGUAGAUUUUGGCCACCUGCCAUGGGUACUUUGCUUGAGCUUCCUGUGCUGCAGCGGGUUGAGCUAAAUGACCCUCAGGGGUCUUUUCCGGCUCUACAAUUCUGUGGCAACCUCUCCUGCCACCUACCUCGGAAUCUUGCUCGGGAGGACGGACUGAAAAAGAGCCCCAUUUCCUGCACCCCAUCCUAAUUCGGCCACGUUGUGACGGAGAGGCCUGCGAAGGAACGGAAAGCCUUGCUCGUCACGGGAGGCCUUCGCGCUGCAACAAGAGACACACAGACACACCCCAAAGAGGCUUGGCUCCACAACGCCCUCUUAACCAUGCAAAUGGGUGGACGGAUGAGGCCUGGACUCUGGAUUUCCCUCUGUUUCUGCCUCCGGCUUAACCUCUCCCUUGUCUUACGGGCGUGUACUCCCCCCCCCCAUUGCUCUGCCCCUUCUUCCAAGCUUUAUUUACUUUAUUGCAUUUGGGGCGGGGGGCAAGGGGAGUCUGUUUGCCUCAAUGUACUUCUGUUUAUUUUUCUCCCCCCCCUUUUUUUUGUUCUCAUCCAAAGCAAGCGUCUCUUUUAUGUUUUAGGGUCCUGUCCCCUCGACUGACUUAUUAAAAGGGGGAGUUUCUAAGCUCUGACUUCUUUGUUGUUGGUUAGGAGUAAUAAAGAUUGAAAACGUAGCUCACGCAA